AUGGGCCAGAUGGUCAAACCAACAAGUAGCACCAAAAUGCAUUUCGAAUGGUUAGACCAAAACCAAGAAUGCAAACAAGAGGACCAAAAGCAAGAAUGCAAACAAGAGGACCAAAAGCAAUGCAAACAAGACAUUUAA